AAACCGGACCUCGUUUUCUGGUUACCGGCAUUUCAGUUCUAUGUCGGUCAGAGUUGCAGAUAAAGUGCUGGUCGCUUUGUAAUAUAGUUUUUAAUUUGUAUAGUUUGUUUGCAAUAUGCCUGGCUACUCUGAUAGAGAUCGUGGUAGAGACAGAGGCUAUGGUGGUGGCCCUCCUCGCUUUGGUGGCAACCGUGGUGGUGGAGGAGGAGGGGGAAAGUUUGGCAACCCUGGUGAGCGGCUGCGGAAAAAACACUGGAACCUCAAUGAACUCCCCAAAUUUGAGAAGAACUUCUACCAACAGCACCCAGAUGUUGCCCGGAGGUCAAUGCAAGAGAUUGAGCAGUACAGGAGGGCCAGAACUAUUACAGUGAAGGGACGGGACUGCCCAAACCCAAUCAUGAAGUUCUAUGAAGCAAACUUUCCUUCUUAUGUGAUAGAUGUGAUCAACAAACAGAACUGGACUGAACCUACGCCCAUCCAAGCUCAGGGCUGGCCUGUUGCUCUCAGUGGUAAAGAUAUGGUUGGCAUUGCACAGACUGGAUCUGGAAAGACGCUUUCUUAUUUGUUGCCUGGAAUUGUUCACAUCAACCACCAGCCAUUCCUGGAACGCGGAGAUGGUCCCAUUUGUCUUGUCCUGGCUCCAACCCGUGAGUUGGCACAGCAGGUGCAGCAGGUGGCUGCAGAAUAUGGCAGAGCUUCUCGCCUGAAGUCCACCUGCAUCUAUGGAGGAGCUCCCAAAGGACCUCAGCUUCGUGACCUGGAAAGGGGUGUCGAGAUUUGCAUUGCCACUCCGGGAAGGCUCAUCGACUUCCUUGAGGCAGGAAAGACUAACCUUCGUCGUUGCACUUACCUUGUGUUGGAUGAGGCUGACAGAAUGCUGGACAUGGGCUUUGAACCACAGAUUCGGAAAAUUGUUGACCAAAUCAGACCUGACCGUCAGACACUCAUGUGGAGUGCCACCUGGCCUAAAGAAGUCCGUCAGCUGGCAGAGGACUUCUUGAAGGAGUACGUCCAAAUCAAUAUUGGGGCACUUCAGCUUAGCGCCAACCACAACAUUCUUCAGAUCGUUGAUGUAUGUGGUGAUGGAGAGAAGGAAGAUAAACUAAUACGCCUCCUUGAGGAAAUUAUGAGUGAGAAAGAGAAUAAGACUAUCAUCUUUGUGGAGACAAAAAGGCGAUGUGAUGACCUGACCAGGAGGAUGAGGAAAGAUGGAUGGCCGGCUAUGGGUAUCCAUGGAGAUAAAAACCAGCAGGAAAGAGACUGGGUACUCAACGAGUUCAAAUUUGGAAAAGCGCCAAUCCUGAUUGCCACUGAUGUUGCCUCCAGGGGUUUAGAUGUUGAAGAUAUCAAAUUUGUCAUCAACUUUGACUACCCAAACAACUCUGAGGAUUAUAUCCACCGCAUUGGAAGAACAGCACGUAGCCAAAGGACCGGCACCGCCUACACUUUCUUUACUCAGAGCAACAUGAGGCAGGCCAAUGACCUCAUCUCUGUCCUCAGAGAGGCCAACCAGGCCAUAAAUCCCAAACUCAUCCAAAUGGCAGAAGACAGAGGAGGUCGUUCAAGAGGAGGCAGAGGAGAUUACAGAGGUGACCGCAGGGACAGGUAUUCCUCUGGGAGGCGUGAUGGUGGCAGCUUCAGAGACAGGGAGAACAGAGGAUUUGACAAGGGACCAAAUAAAACCUUUGGCGCAAAUUCUCAGAAUGUGGGUUAUGGGGCAAAUGUCAGCAACGGCUACAAUGGAGGUGGUUACAAUGUUAAUGGACAGUCCAACUUUAACACCAACCAAAUGGCGUCAUUUGGCAUGCAGAAUGGGAGUCAUUCUAUGUACAACUUCUCCCAGGGACAGGCACCACAGAAGCCCCCACCCCUGAUGCCGUACCCUGUACCUCAGUAGACACUUGAAUUUGCUAACUUAUUUUUUUUUUUUUUGCUUUUUGAGGACUCUAUCCAGUUUUCCCCUCUGCUUUUGUACUGUAACUGUUACAAAAGUGACAACCUGUAAGUGUUGAUCUGCAGUGCUGUUGCGCAUUUUUUUUUUUCCCUAUUUAAUUUCUUACAUUCCUCAGUAAUGCUUAGUUUUUUGUACUUUGUAACGACAUGUAUUUGGUAUAAGUCUUGAACUAUUCAUACCUUGAAGUGCACUGCAUGAUCUUUAAAAUAAAAGGUUCAAAACUU